AUGAAGUUCCUAUCUCUCACUCUGAUCACCCUUGCUGGGAUGCUUAUCAGCACCCAUGCGUUGCCCGGGCCUCUGCCAAAAGCAGAAACCGAUGUCGAUGAACUCAUUCCCUCAGUCAACACAACUGAGCACGACCUCGUUGCCCGCGGUGCAACCAAGUUGAGAUGCUAUGACUCCCGUACGGAAAAGUGGGCAGCUGAUGGGCUGACUCCCAUCCGUGAAGUUGGAAAGAACUACGAUCUUAAGGAAAAGAACAUAUACGAUGUUGCGGGGAAAUUUUGCUAUGAGUACAAUGGCUAUAAAUUUACACGGUCGGGAGACAUUGGAAAAAAAUACUGGUUCAGGAACGUGUUCAAAACCUUUCCCAUACCUUUUGUCCCGGUCAAAGUCGGCGUCGUCAAUACUAAUAACAGAUCUGGCAAACUCAAUGCCAAAUUCUGUGCCGAUAUGAUGGUCAAGGUCAUUUCUGGUUGUACCGCCAGGGGUCGGCCAUCUAGGUUAGACUAUUUCAGAGGUGGAGAGAUCCAGGAUUUGAGCGGGUGGACUUACGCUGUAUUGUGUGAAGAGAGGUACUGUUGGGUGUGA